CCGGAAUAACAAAGCACUCAUUGCCACAGCUCCGCACUAAAAAUCAAGCCAUGACAGACCACGCACAGGCCUCCCGAGGCCCUCUGCUGUGCUGCCUCCUCCUGCUGCUGUUAUCCUCUCCCCAAAGGGCAACUAGCAUGUACCUCGACGACGACGACGACGGCAGCUUCUCCGGCGGCGGCGGCCCGCGGCAGAGGAGCCUCUCCGGCGUCGUGCUCAACAGCAACUCCUCCAACGGCACCGGCGCCGGCGCGGCCUUCUGCAGGCUCCUCUCCCUCCAGAUACUGGACCUGUCGAACAACCGGCUCAGCGGGGAGCUGCCCGACUGCUGGUGGAACCUGCAGGCUCUGCAGUUCAUGGACCUGUCCAACAACUCUUUUUCAGGUGAAAUCCCCGCCGCCAAGGCAAGCCACAACUGCUCUCUCGAGUCGGUUCAUCUUGCCGGCAACGGCUUCACCGGCGUCUUCCCGCCGGUCCUCGAGGGCUGCAACUCGCUGGCUACUCUGGACAUCGGGAACAACAGGUUCUUUGGUGCUAUCCCUCCUUGGAUCGGGGCUGGCGUUCCAUCGCUGAGAAUCCUCAGCCUCAGGUCAAACAAUUUCACCGGGCAAAUCCCUCAGGAAUUGUCGCGGCUUUCGCAGCUUCAGCUGCUUGACAUGGCCAACAAUAGCUUGACAGGGUCGAUUCCGGUAGCCUUUGGUAAAUUGGCCUCCAUGAGGGAUCCAAAAAUUGUGUCGACUCCAGGGUCGCUAGAUGGGUCCAACUAUCAGGAUAGAAUCGACAUAAUCUGGAAGGGCCAGGAGCUCAUCUUCCAAAGGACGAUCCAGUUACUAACCGGCAUCGAUUUGUCGGGCAAUUCGCUAUCUCAGUGUAUCCCUGAAGAGUUAACUAAACUCGAGGGCCUCCGGUUUCUGAACCUGUCAAGGAACCGUCUCUCAUGUGGCAUUCCUACAGAUAUUGGUAGCCUGAAAAAUCUUGAAUUCCUUGAUCUAUCGUCUAACGAACUUGCAGGAGCCAUUCCUCAGAGUAUAUCGAUCUUGUCGUCCCUCAGCAUCUUCAACAUCUCGAACAAUCAUUUGUCAGGCAAGAUACCCACUGGGAGCCAGAUGCAGACCUUGACUGACCCUUUAAGUUACUACAACAAUUCUGGGCUUUGUGGAUUUCCUAUUGCUCCAUGUGCGAAUACUUCGCUUGCAUCGGAAGAGACAAAAGGUGAAGAAAAUCAGGAUCAAUGGUUGUACUACUGUGUGAUUGCUGGGAUCGUGUUUGGAUUCUGGCUAUGGUUUGGGGUGCUCUUUACAAUGGAGACCUGGAGAUCUGCUGUUCUCUUGUUUGUUGAUGGCAUGCAAUGUAACAUUAUGAAGAAGGUGUCACACAUUGAUCAGUUUCUUUCAGAAGGAAACAGUGACCAAUAUCUUUAGAUGUAUUUCUUACUUUCAGAAGAAUGUAUGUAUGCUAAGAGCAUCCCCAAUAGCGUGUAAUCAUUAAGAGGGAGAAAAAUGUACUAACAUUUACCAUAUCAAAUAAAUAUACUAUGAAAAUAUAUAAACUCUUUUACA